AUGAACAACUUGGGAUCAUUAAAGCAAAGGGGAGAUCGAGAGAUAAACCAGAUUCAACAAGAUGAUGGAAAGGGCUAUUUUCCAUUUCCAAUAUUUUGGAUGCCCUACAAAUCUGAGGAAAUGGAACAUGAGGUGGACUAUAGUGGUCCAAAACAAAGUACGAAAUCCAUCAAGCUGCCCGACAAUGGAGACAACUUCAAAGUGAAUGGUGAACAUACUAUUGGCAAUGCUUCUUCAAGGACGAAGGAGAGUCCAGGUAAUAACAAAGCAAAAGAAAUCAAUGUUUUUAUGAAAGAUUCUCCUGACAAAGGAGACAAGAAAUGCCCCGACGGACGUGAUAAAAAGAAGUCCCACUCUCAUCCGAAAGCAUCCAAUUGCCUUCUUUUUGUUUGCGAGUUGACCCAUUGCCAAGAAAAAAACACUAAUGGAAGCUCAAGGUCUCCUAGUCCUCUGAGUGACAAAGUGAAGUUGAAUUUGUCAUCUAAUAAAGUAAACAUCAUCUCCAGUUCAACAGAAAUUGAGAAAAAUGUGAUCGAUGACAACAAGUCCAAGAACAAGACAACCAACAAAAAGACUAUUCAUGUUAUGGAAGGGAAAAUUGAGUACCGAACUGAUGAAAGAUCCAGAGGAAAAGUGCUAUACGGAAUGCACCAGAGCUAA